AUGGUCGCGAUUCGAAUGCUAUGUAAAACAGCUGUGGAAAUGUAUUAUAAUUAUUAUACACUUGCGUUGAUUGAUGGGUCGACUUACAAGCGGCUCAUUUUGACGGCUUUCGAAAGCAUUUUACUUUCUGGGCUUGCACUCGAGAGCCUCGAAGAGUACUACUCUAUCAUUGCCCCCCACCUUGAAGCCGGUGAAGAACAUUGA